GGUAAGGAAGAAAUGUGCUUCAGUUCAUCACUACCAUAAGCUAGCCCUACCCUUCGAAAGCAAUCCCAAACAUCAACACACCCUUCACGAUCGCAGCUCUCCUCCAUGUACGACAGCAAUGCUCUCCUCCAUGGGCAACGGCGCGGUGCUCCCUUCCACGAGCGUCGAUGCAGUGCUCUCCUCCACGGGUGUCGGCGCGGUCAUCUUCUCCACGGCGACGGCGCGGGCGCUCUUCGUUUUGUGCCAAACCACCACCGUCGAGAAACCCCUCUCCCUUCUCUUCUCCUUCUUCCUCUUCUUCCUCUCUCUCACCUCCUCCUUUUCACGAGCUCUGACAACUCUACACGCAGCUGUAAUCCCCCUCCUCCUCCUCUGCGUAUUGGUUUUUCACUGCUUUUCCAAUGAGGUGCGAUUCUCUACACUGGUUGUUGCUGAUUCGGCAAUUUCUGGUUUUCCACAUUGAUUCUGGUACUUUUCCCCUUUGAUUUCUUCAUUUUUAAUGUAAAUUACAGAAUAAUUAAUUUUCAUAAUUCGCUGAGUUAACUAUUUCAUAUAGAAUCGAUUAUUGUUUUUUGUUUGUUUGUUCUGUUGGCCACUUUGAUUAAGUUAAAUAAUUCAUAGAGAAUAAUGUAAAUUUUAUUCUUUACUCCUUUAUAGAGAAAUAUUGCCACUUUGUUAAUUGUUAUUGAUUUUAAUUUGUUAAUGGUUAAUUAUUAGUACUGCUGCCAAGGUAGUUAGAAUCGCGAGUUAACUUGCAAAAUCAUAUGUGUUUGCGUUUCUAUUCCUCCAUUUCAUAACGUUCUUGCUCUGCGUCUCAGAGAAGUAGUGUUCGCAUAGAAUCGACGAGUAAGCACACCAAAUCGCCAGAAUCGCAUCUAUGGUGGUGACUGAUAUCCAAGGUAGCAGGGUGGCGAGAAGUUACUGUCCAUGCCCCAAUUCAAAACCAAACUCAAAUCCAAGCCGCAAUCCUUUGAGAAGAAGGCUUGAACCGUAGGUUUAUGUAUGUUAAGCUUUAUGUCUCCAUUUUUUUCAGGACAAUAGGUAACUGAUUAACUGGUUAUAUAGAUUUUAUAUUCCCUUGUUUGCUUUGUAACAAUUUCUCUGAUGUCUUUGAUGAAGAGUAGUUCAUUAAUUCUUUAGCUAAUGAUGUAAAAUUAUUAACAAGCUACUUAAAACACUAUUUCAUGCUACCAACAUGGUGAUCCAGUUCAAAAGCUGGUCUGGUAUGGAAAUACUAUAGGUAAAGUCAUAACAUUCAGAGAAAUUGAUGCUAGAAUUUAGGUGCCUAAGUUAAAUAAUGUGACUAGUAAUUAUAUGAUGAUGUAUGUGAGAAUAGUAUUAGGCACCUCAUAGAUCAUAUAUUCAUAUGGUUGAAUUAUCAUGUAUCAAUAUAUGGUAAUAAGCAUCUUUAUUUUUUUAGGUAGUGGCUUUUCUUUUCUUUUCUUUUUUUCUUCUUUCAUUUAUUCUGUGUGAUAUCUUUAAGCUCUUUCAGUAGGAUUCAAGUUAAAGGGAAAAGAACAAGAAAGAAGGAACAAAAAGAGCAGUUUGUGACACUAUUAAAAUUUUAGUUUUCAAGGUGUCUGUUUUUUUUUCUUUAGUUUUCUUUUGAGUGCUAUUUGAUGUCAUAUAUAUCAUUAUUG